AUGGCUGCUACUAAAACGUUCAGGCGGACAGAUUCAGCUCGGGGGGACUUUUCUCCUCUGAAGCACUUUGUUGUAGCCAAGAAGAAGAUCAGCGAUUUGUUUGAACAGCUUCUCAGCUACGUGAAAGAGACAUCAGAGUUUGUCGAAGUCAUCAGUGGGAAUGAGGCUCUGGGGACCAUCGCGACUAAAGAUCAGAAGGUGGAGAUUCAAACCUAUGCCGACAAGCUCGCAGUCAUUAAGGAGGUGCUGGCUCGCAGGCACAUGAAGGUGGCGUUUUUUGGCAGGACCAGUAAUGGUAAAAGCACGGUGAUUAAUGCCAUGCUGAGGGACCGCGUCCUGCCCAGCGGGAUCGGUCACACCACUAACUGCUUCCUGAGCGUUGAAGGCACUGAUGAAGAGAAGGCCUACCUUAAAACUGAGGGCUCAGAAGAGGAGAAGAGCAUUAAAACUGUGAACCAGCUGGCUCACGCUCUGCACAUGGAUGAAAGCCUGGAUGCCGGCUGUCUGGUUCGGGUGUUCUGGCCAAAAACCAAAUGUGCUCUGCUUCGAGACGACCUGGUCCUCGUAGACAGUCCAGGGACAGAUGUCACAACGCAGCUGGACAGCUGGAUUGACAAGUUUUGCCUGGACGCUGAUGUCUUUGUGCUGGUGGCAAACUCUGAAUCGACGCUUAUGAACACGGAAAAACAUUUUUUCCACAAAGUGAACGAGCGUCUCUCAAAGCCAAACAUCUUCAUCCUUAACAAUCGCUGGGAUGCCUCGGCAAAUGAACCAGAGUACAUGGAGGAUGUGAGGAAGCAGCACACAGACCGCUGUGUGAACUUUCUUGUGGAGGAACUAAGAGUUCUCGACCGUGAUCAGGCACCCAACCAUAUUUUCUUUGUGUCUGCAAAAGAGGUGCUCAACUCCCGGAUGCAGCGAGCGCAGGGCAUGCCGGAAACAGGUGGCGCUCUGGCUGAGGGCUUCAAGGAGAGACUAAAGGAGUUCCAGAGUUUUGAGAGGAGGUUUGAGGAGUGUAUCUCGCAGUCAGCAGUGAAAACAAAGUUUGAGCAGCACACUAUCAGGGCCAAGCAGAUCAUAGAAAAAGUCAAGAACAUCAUGGAUGCCAUCAACAUUGAAGCAGCAGAGAAACGAGUGGCAGCACUGGAGGACAGAGAGUAUCAGAGAGACCGGCUGGAGUUUGUCAGGAAUCAACUCAACUUGCUGACUGAAGAAAUAAAAAAGAAGAUCAAAGCCAUCAGUGACGAUGUGGAGUCCAAGGUGUCCAUCGCUAUGGGAGAGGAGAUCAACCGUCUUAAUGUGAUUGUUGACGAGUUCCGCGGUGAUUUCCACCCUUCGCAUCAAGUCCUCAAACUCUACAAGGCUGAUCUGCUGAAGUAUGUAGAAAAGGGGAUGGGAAAGAACCUGGCGUUCCGCUGCUCCACUGCCAUCAAUGCCUCUGUCCAGUCUUCCCAGCAAUACAUGAUGGAUAGCAUGGUGCCUUUGCUUCCCUCAACGGCUCAGAGCCAAGUCCACAUGCUGGUGCCCAAAAAGACGUUCGACUUGAGCUACGACCUGAACUGUGCUGCCAUUUGCAGUGACUUCCAGGAAAACAUCGAGUUCCAGUUCUCGUUGGGCUUGAAGGCUUUAGUGCACCGCUACCUGGGUUCUGUUAAUGCACAGAGAGCUCUCAAACUUGUAGAUCCAAACUACCAGAACUGUAGAGCUGUAGUCCCUGUAACACCUUCGUCUGAGCCCCCAUCCAUCGCAGCACCGCCCAACGAGAAGGCUCUGAUGACCCAGGAAGACCUGAUGAUAGCCAUGGCAACCAACUUGGCAUCCAUCACUUCCCGCACCUCAAUGGGCAUCAUCGUUGUUGGAGGAGUGGUGUGGAAAGCAGUCGGCUGGAGGUGUAUCGCCCUGUCGGCUUCCCUCUACGGCCUGCUGUACUUGUACGAGAGACUCACCUGGACCACAAAAGCGAGAGAGCGAACUCUGAAGCGGCAGUUUGUGGAGUUCGCUACUGAGAAACUGCAGCUCAUCGUGAGCUUUACAAGUGCGAACUGCAGCCACCAGGUCCAACAGGAAAUGGCCACGACGUUUGCUCGGCUCUGUCAGCAGGUGGAUCAGACGGAGAGGGACCUGGAGGCAAACAUCCGUCAGCUGACCACUAAUAUAGAUAAGCUGCAGACCGUCCAGAACUGCUCAAAGACUCUGCGGCAUAAAGCUACAGAGCUGGAGCAACAGCUGGAGGAGUUUACCAAGCAGUACCUGCAGCCUCAGGACUCUGCAGUCUGCUGAUGGCGAUGCUGGAAACUGAGUCAACCAAAACAUGGAACUCUUUCUGCACGCCACUGGGGGCAAAGCUGAUGUUCCUCGGAACAAAUGAACCUGCAAUGUUUCUCAGAUAUUAAGACUUUUUUGUUUUGUGAAAGAUUCUCUUUGUGCUCAGAAAAAAAAAACAAAAAACAUUUGCUAUUUUUGUAGGUUUCACAGGAAAAAUUAAGUAUUUUCCCUGUUCUUAAUCCAGCCAGAAACAUCAGGUGCUCACAAAAAAAGCAGUUGAAUUAAAAAGGAAAAAUCUACCUAAACGAACAGUGGUUGUGAAAUUUCUCUCCACCAGGGGGCAGCAUGCAUUGGUCAGAUUGCCACGUGUUGGAUUCAGUUUUUUGACACUAACCUGCUGUGACUUUAAUUGUAAAGAUGCCUUUUUUAUUAUUCUGUUUAUGGAGAAAAUGAAGACUUUUGCAGACGUUUGUUCAAACGGGAUCAGUUGUAAGUGGAAAAAAAAUAAACACGUUAUAUUAAAAGUGUAAGGAAAUACUAAAUAUACGCACUGUAAUCGUGAGCUGGAAGGAAAGCAUGUACUGUAGUUUUAUUUCUAUUUUCUAACAAUCCAAACUGUAUAGUUCAAAGACUUUAAUUAUCAUCAGAUAUUUUAUAUUAUAUUUUAUUUAUACAUAGUACAAUGGGCUUGCAGUUACACAUCACUGCGUUUUGUAAACUUUUGUGUUUCCUUUCAAAUGUGUAUCAAAAUUUGCUAGAUUGCAUUAAACCUGAAAUUAUCUAAAACUUGA